AUGGUGGAUUGUGUUGUAGAUAUCUACAGUGCAGGUAUUCUACUAUUCGUGAUGAUGUUAAAAACGAAACCCAUCACAGACGUGGAAAUGGUAGCAACAAUUGUAGCAUUGAAGAAUCAUGAGGAGCUGCUGGAGGAGUGGAAUCAUUAUCCACAGUGGCAGUUAGUGAUGCGGCUCGUGUAG